CCUGGGGUUGCAGGCAGAACCUGCGGGGUGAUGGUAACAGGCUCUACAGACGAGUACUUUUAACUUCUUCAAAGGACAGUCACAUCCCUGCUCUCAUUUCAGAGUUCGCAGGCUCGCUGAGCUUUCUGUCACACAACCUGAGAAACUGCUUUUCAUGCUCAGUUGGCAUCUGCGGAGUAUUUUCCCUCCAGGUCCCCACUGAAGGGAGUCACAGAUUCUUCCAGAAGCCUCGUGGGUGCUUGAAACUACAGCUUGGCUAUUGCAACAGUUCCCUCAUCUGCAAAGAGAGAAGUGCUGACCUCACCAUUGUCUUGGAUCUAAGCAAGAUUAUGUCUGCAAACUCCGAUGUGAAUUGCCUCAUUGAAGAAGCAGCCAAAAUGGAGAAGGUCAAGUUUCAGCACAUCGUGUCCAUCUAUGGGGUAUGCAAGCAGCCCUUGGGCAUUGUGAUGGAGUUCAUGGCCAAUGGCUCCCUGGAGAAGAUGCUGCCUACCCAUAGCCUCUGCUGGCAGCUCAAGUUCCGCAUCAUCCAUGAGACCAGUUUGGCCAUGAACUUCCUCCACAGCAUUAAGCCACCUCUGCUCCACCUGGACCUCAAGCCCGGCAACAUUCUCCUGGACAGCAAUAUGCACAUCAAGAUUUCUGACUUUGGUCUGUCCAAGUGGAUGGAACAGUCUACCCGGAGGCAGUAUAUCGAGAGGUCCGCUCUGCGGGGCACCCUCAGCUACAUCCCCCCUGAGAUGUUCCUGGAGAGCAACAAGGCCCCCGGGCCCAAAUACGAUGUGUACAGCUUCGGGAUUGUCAUCUGGGAGCUGCUGACUCAGAAGAAACCAUAUUCAGGUGUCAGCAUGAUGACCAUCAUUAUCCGCGUGGCCUCAGGCGUACGCCCCCCUCUGCAGUCUGUGUCCAGUGAGUGGCCCGACGAGACCCAGCAGAUGGUGGAUCUGAUGAGGCGCUGCUGGGAUCAGGACCCCAAGAAGAGACCAUGCUUUUCAGAUAUCACCGUGGAGACGGACAUGCUGCUGUCCCUGCUGCAGAGUCCUGUGGCAGACCCCGAAAGCGAGGCGCUGGCCAGGAAGGUGUCCUGCAAGCCGUCUCUGCACCAACCCCGGGAGGUCAACGAAGAAGUCAGCCAGGAGCUAACAGACAGUGCAGACUCGGGAGAAUGCUGGAAGCGGCUCCUGCAGCUGUCCGACACCGCGAGCCCGGUGCCAAGCGAGGAGGAGCUGUGCCUCUACGAGAACAAGGUCUUGCCCCUGCACUUCCUGGUGGCACAGGGCAGCGUGGAGCAGGUGAGGCUGCUGCUGGCCCACGAGGUGGACGUGGACUGCCAAACGGCCUGUGGCUACACGCCUCUACUCAUCGCGGCCCAGGACCAGCAGCCCGACCUCUGCGCCCUGCUCCUGGAGCACGGGGCUGACCCCAACCUGGCGGAUGAGGACGGCUGGGCCCCGCUGCACUUUGCCGCCCAGAACGGGGAUGACCGGACGGCCCGCCUGCUCCUGGACCACGGGGCCCACGUAGAUGCCCAGGAGCAUGAGGGCUGGACCCCCCUCCACCUGGCCGCACAGAACAACUUCGAGAAUGUGGCAAGGCUUCUGGUCUCUCGGCAGGCUGACCCCAACCUGCAGGAGGCGGAGGGCAAAACCCCCCUCCACGUGGCCGCCUACUUUGGCCACGUCAGCCUGGUCAAGCUGCUGACGAGCCAGGGGGCGGAGUUGGAUGCUCAGCAGCGGAACCUGAGGACCCCUCUGCACCUGGCGGUGGAGCGGGGGAAAGUAAGAGCCAUUCAGCACCUGCUCAAGAGCGGGGCGGCGCCCAACGCCCUCGACCAGAGCGGCUACAGCCCCCUGCACACCGCCGCCGCCAGGGGCAAGUUCCUCAUCUGCAAGAUGCUGCUUAGGCACGGCGCCGGCCUGGAGCUGCCCACCCAGCAGGGCUGGACGCCCCUGCACCUCGCGGUUUACAAGGGCCACCUGGAGGUCAUCCACCUGCUGGCGGAGAGCCACGCAGCCCUGGGGGCCCCCGGAAGCAUGGACUGGACCCCGCUACACCUGGCCGCCCGCCACGGGGAGGAGGUGGUAGUGUCAGCACUGCUGCGGUGCGGUGCAGACCCCAAUGUGGCCGAGCAGUCGGGCUGGACCCCCCUCCACCUGGCAGUCCAGAGGGGUGCCUUCCUGAGCGUCAUCCACCUCCUGGAGCACCAUGCGGAUGUCCGUGCCCGCAACAAGGUGGGCUGGACGCCUGCCCACCUGGCUGCCCUCAAGGGCAACAUGGCCAUCCUCAAAGUGCUGGUCAGAGCUGGUGCCCAGCUGGAUACCCAGGAUGGGGUGGGCUGCACCCCCCUGCAGCUGGCCCUCCGGAGCCACAGGCAGAGCAUUGUCGCUUUCCUUGAGGGCAAGGAAACUUCAGUGGCCAUUUUGGACGGUGCUGAGUCUGGAGCCCAGACAGAAGUGUAGACGCCAGGGGUCGCCUUCCUGGAGGACAAGGGAGGGCUUGGUGGCAGCGAAGCCAGGCUUCUGGGAAGGUACUUUUCCCACCUGUACUUCCCACCUGUCCCUUUGACCUUCAGAGGAACAGGAGCCUGGGCUCUAGGGGGACAGUGGGGCAGAGACACUUCCGAGGCUGGAGCUGGGGAGCUCCGACCGCCACUGGUCGACCGCAUUCAGCGCCGCCUCCGAGGGAAUCUCCGGCAGCCCCUGGCUGCCUCCCCUGUACCUGGACUCAGGGGAAUUCCCCUUCUCCCCAAGACUUCUGCCACUUGCCCAAGUGGCCUUCCAUCCUAGGAAUCCCCUCUAGAGGUGAAGGGAGGCCUGGUUGAAUGCGCCCUCCCAGCUCUGGUCUGUGCUACUCGGCCCCUUACCUGGACUGGGCCUGAGAGCCGCCACAUGGACUUUGUUUAAAGGCUAAAAGUUUGGAAGAAAUUCCUCCCCCCUCUUUAUAGCUCCUGGUGCCACAGAUUGCUCCUUCCUGGUGGCCCUGGCCCUGAUAACCUGGGUCUCCCCAACGGUCUGCGGGGGGUGAAGGCAGGGAACACUCCAUUGCCCUCAGCAGCACCUCGGAAGUGCUCUCCUGUGGCCGCACCCCAGCUGCCCAUCCGCUGGCCUGUCCUGCUGGUUGUGGAGCAGGUUGGGGCAGGGCUGGGCCUGCUCACAGUGACUUUGCAUGAUGGGGCCCUGGCUCAGCAACUCCUGCUUUUCCUUCCCUUCUAGCCAAGGGGCCAUUUCCUGGGGGGGAGGGGCAGGAUGGGAGCACCCCUCUCCACACUGGAGCAGCCCCUCCACUCAAGGACAUUUUGCAGUUGUCUGAGAGAAGGAACUUUGCUCCAACUACUCACUGGUUCCCACCCCCAGCCAUCCUUUGGCAUAGUCCUCCUGGGCUGGGCAGACACCCCAGUCUGCACCCUCAAAUCAGUGUGGGGUGAGGGCAGGGCAGGGGAAACCUGCUGCCCCAGGUAAAAUACAAGGGCUUGAGUCCGUUCUGGCAGAGCUGGCAGCAGUGCGUGUCCCAUCCUGUGGCCUCUGGAUUGUCGGGCCAGUGUCUAGGGCCUUGGACACUUGACCCCACCAAGCCACAGCCUACAGCCACCACGAAGCGCCCCGGAGCAGCACUGGGCUAGAACAGCGAUGAUCAAGCCUGUGCCAGAACCAGAAGAGUGAAGGGGCAGGGGCACAGUGCCGUUUGCUUCUCCUUGUGCCCUGAAGUCCAAGUCUCCGACUCUAGGAUUCUUCCAGAUCCAGAGAGCAGGAUGUGGGGCUACGUGUUCCCAGCCAGGGCUGGUUGGGAAGCUGGUGGAGUGGACGCUAUAGAUGUAGUUAGAAGACCCAGGUGCGGGGAGCAGCCCUGCCACCCACCCUCCCUGGACAAGUCUCCAUGACGGGGAUCGCAGACCCUCAAGGAUUAUGAGAGCACAAGAUCACAAGCUCCCAGAGCCUGAGCCCGUGGGUGCCAGCACCUUGUUUGUCAUCACCGCUGUUAUUCUCCAGGUGGCACGAAUAUGCCUUCUUCUCCAGGACUAGGACCCCCAGCCUGAGCUGACAGCCUCGCCGUGUGCCAGGUCGGGUAGCUGGGCCUCCUCCUGAGUCCCUGAGGAGGCACAGUCUCAUCAACAGCCCCUAGGAGUCCCGCCCCGGCCGUGCAGAGCAAGGAGCGACUGUACAGAGAGGAGGCUGGAAGCCUAAGUCUGCCUGAAACAUCACAGGAGCUUCUCCAGAUGGAAAGGGGUGGAGGUGCAAACUGGACCCGACGCCUCACUUCCAAGCCAUGAACACGCGCGUGGCGGAGGGACCGGCAGGGGACUCGCGCACAGCAGCCCCCCGUGCUCCCCAGGAGCGGGCGCACCAGGUGGGGGCAUCUACCAUGGCCAGAGACAGGACUGGAUGGAAAAUUCGGUACAAGAGCAGCUCUCGGGGACGGCACAGAUGCGCUUGCAGGGAGAUUGCCACAGGCUUGGGAGCAGGUGAGACUCUAAGGUGGGACAAAAAGUAGCUGAGACACUGCCCCAUGGCAGGGCCCCCGAGUCCUGGGCAGAGCUCACCUCACUCUGGGAGAGGGCGCCUCUCUGCCUCGGCACCAGGGGGGUCUUCAUGGGGAGCUGCUGGGCACCCACUGUCACUUAGUCACCGAGGUCACGGCUGGCUUCCAUGGAGCUUCCAGCGCGUGGGAACACUCUACGCUCGCCUCGCGCUCACUGUGAGUCUCAAACAAUAACGGCACCUACGUGGUAGCAUGAUCUCCACUGCAUAAAGAAACUGAGGCACAGACAGGUGGUUGCCAGCUGUCCCUUUCGCCACAGGUCUGAGGCCAGGGCCCCUUGCCUGGAGGAAGGCAGGAGGCCUUAGACUUGAGCAGCAGCAGCUCCGGGAGAGGCCCUCACACCGGAGAGGGAUGGGCAGAGUCCAGGGACCUUGUGAGAGCUUGUCGUGGAGGGCAGGCCCUCCUGAGGCACCCACGUGUUUUUGCUGUUAGGUCUCUGGUCUGUUGCCUUUUGGUUUUCCUUGCCAUCCACUAAGGUCACCUUCAAAGUGCCGCUUUUUCUGCUGUGCUAACGGAAACCCGGCGGGUGGGGGAUGAGGCGUGGCUGCAGGGAGGCUCUACUCUGACCAGCCUCGCUCCCCAGCUCAGUGCCCACAUGUCUUCUCCACUCACACCUGCAAAGCUUUCAAUUUCCCUUCUAAAAGUGGAAGCCUUUCUGCACAGGCUGUCCUGCUGGGCAGGAAGACGCCAGCUCGGGGAUCUGAGCGACCUCAGUGCUGCUUCAUCCUGAACGAUGAAAGCUCCCAGAUUCUACUCCUGAAACUUGAGCAGAGAAGGGGGCAGAUCCAGACCCUUCCAUCUGCCCCCAGCUCUGAAAGCCUCUGCCUGGAGGAGGGUCCACACUUCGCACCUUCCCACCCAGCAGUCUCCCCGUGGCUGUGGCUGUGUGGCCCAGCUGGAGACAGGCAGCUUCUCCCAGUUUCUGUUUCCUCUUCUGUAAGAUGAGGGGAACAGCAUGGGCGCCCGGGAUUAAUAUGAAGAUUUGCUGAGUCUCUUGGCCAAGGUCCGGCAUGGAGCCAGACCCCCGCAGGGGCUACCUGCUCACCAACUCAAGGGCCAGAGCUGUCCUGCGCCCAGCAAUGGGCCACUCUUCAGCCCUUCCUAAGGGAAGGCGGGGCAGCACGGUUCUCAGGGGCCUCUCCCUGGGGUUCCCAGACAGCAGCAAUAGAGCAAACUGGGAGCAGGAAGGAAGGCGGUGAGCAUAGCUGCAGCCCCCAUUUUUGAAGGUGGGGAGACAGGAAUGAAGACCUCAGGCCUGGGUGUAUAAACAUUUCCCUCCCUUGGGGGUCCUCAUCAGUUAUUCCCAUUCCCAGAGGUGACCUGACAAGCCAACUCGGGGG